ACCCAUGUAUCAUUCGCAUUCAGGACUUCGCUGCCUUCAGUGCAACCAACUAAGCGCAGCAUCAUGAAGCUCAUGCUCGUGGCCGCCAGUCUGGUGGUUGUCUUGGCUUUCGCUCAUGCGGAAGAGGCUAAGGCAGCAGAAAAAGAAGUGGCAGUAUCCGACAAUACUGCGGUGGCCGAUGACAAAAAGCACGAAAAACGUGGACUCUUCAACUUAGGGUAUGGAGGAUAUGGAGGACACGGGGGCUAUGGCGGUUUCGAUGGUGGCCUGGGAGGAUAUGGGGGUGGCUUCGGUGGUUACGGAGACUCUCACAAGACUAUCACUGUCGUAAAAAAUGUACCAGUUCCCUAUCCAGUAGAAAAACACAUCCCCUAUCCAGUUGAGAAGCAUAUACCAGUACCAGUUAAGGUACCAGUUCCACAACCUUACCCAGUCGUUAAACACGUACCUUACACCGUUAAGGAACUAGUCAAAGUACCUGUCCAUGUACCACAACCCUACCCAGUUGAAAAGAAGGUACCUUAUCCCGUUCAUGUACCCGUUGACAGGCCUGUCCCCGUCAAGGUAUACGUACCCCAACCUUACCCAGUAGAGAAAGAAGUACAUGUGCCCGUUAAAGUACCAGUCCCUGCCCCUUACCCUGUUGAAAAGAAGGUUCCAUACCCCGUAAAGGUUCCAGUACAUGUACCCGCACCUUACCCAGUCAUUAAAGAGGUCCAUGUACCCGUAAAAGUGCCCGUUGACAGACCUUACCCAGUACACAUUGAGAAACCCUACCCUGUACCAGUCGAAAAACCCUAUCCCGUUCCAGUGGAGAAGCCAGUGCCUUACCCAGUCAAGGUUCCUUAUGACAGACCAUACCCAGUUCACGUAGAAAAACCAGUGCCUUACCCAGUUAAAGUACCAGUACCAGCCCCGUACCCUGUCGAGAAGCAUAUCCCCUACCCAGUAGAGAAACCAGUGCCCUUCCCCGUAAAAGUACCAGUAGACAGGCCUUACCCCGUCCACAUCGAAAAGCACGUGCCAGUCCAUAUUGAGAAGCCAGUGCCUUACCCCGUCAAAGUGCCAGUCCCAGUUGUCAUUGGACACGGUCACGAGUAUGGACAUCAUGGAAGCUACUAAUGGCUGCAGGAAGCAGAGGCUAUAUUGUGAUACGUAACUCUAAGAAUAGAUAUCUUUACAAUUGAGAGAUUUAGGGUACAAAAUAAAAGUGGAUAGUGGUAUUUACUAGAUCUUAACUUUUCUACCCUAAGACUGUCAAUAGUUUCGCGCUAAUGUAACUUCUUUUUUUAAUUUUGUUAAUGUAUUUUUUACUUUUCCAUCGGUAACUGUUGCGUUUUUUUUUUUAAUAUUUUGAGUUGAUGUACCUGUUAUUAUAGGACGAAUUAUUUUCUCUAGAAAAAUUGUGAUUUUAAGAAAUAAAUGUUUGGCAAUGCCAGAGAUUGUA